AUCGUACAUAUCUAAAGUUAGUUGAGGAGCCGUUCACCUCCCUUCCGUUGGAGCUUGCUGUGCAAACGAUUGUUGCUUUGGCUGUCUCACUGGCUGGUAAUAUAGGCAUGAGCUCGGGCUUCAUGUCUCUGAGCGACAGGUCUACGCUGUCGAC